CAGAGAAAGUUGUUUGGCCUACAUGGCGAUGUUUGGCUUUGUCCCCUUCAUGAUUCGGUUACUUCCGAUACCGCGCGUGAUCGCGUCACUUGAUAAUAUUCCUUUGGUCUUUCCGAUGUCCAAAGGCCAACUUUCCCUUCCAUCACAGGCAAUUACCCCACACCGUGUCGCUGCAUGAGCCUAUAGCAGACAGCGACCCAGUUUGCCAUGUUCUUUAGGGAAACCCUCAUAAUCAACCGGUUCAUGCAGUUUUCCUGAGGAUAAUGAUGGCAUAUAUAUAAUUGCUUUCCAUAGCUUCGCAUAUUGUAUGCUACAAAAUUCUCUGCGGGUCUCUAUUUGGAAGUGCAACUAGAUCACUGCAGUGUACAGUAAGUUAAUACAGCCACAUGGUUGAAUAUAUAAUGUAGUUCCAUUCAAAAGUCAAAAGUACACUAGAAGAUAUGUUACUGUGUCUACAGAUACAAACUACUUGAACCUGUUCCGUAUAUAGGAAUCCGAUAAACCAUAAAGCUCCCACCCAUAUGCUUUUUUCAAUAUCCAUUUUACGGUCUCAGGAAUAUUUGUCAGACUACCGACAAGGGAGCGAGAAAGUUAGUGCUAUCUGCCAUGGAACGAGUUCGCAAUAACUCCGGCCUACUCUCCGCGGGGGAGCUUCGUCCCAGUCCAAGUACUCCAUUGCAGAACCCACAGGAAAAGAAACACCCAUCUGAUAAGGAGGAGAAAGAAGAAGAAGAAGAAGAAGAGGCAAAGACAGAUUCUUUGUUGGAUCUGAACGUGGACGGUGAUGAUUCAGCUGGCGGGUGCAAUCCAGACCUCCGUCUCGUCACCAAUUUGGAUGUUGAUAUGGAAAAAUCUAAAACUUCAGAAAAUCCCGAUGCUUUAGAGGCAGAGCCUCGAGUAUUCUCUUGCAAGUAUUGCCAGAGGAAGUUUUACAGUUCACAAGCACUCGGAGGACACCAAAAUGCGCACAAGAGGGAGAGGUUAAUGGCGAAAAGAGGACAGAGGGAGACACUGGCCUCAGCUACAGACUUUGGGCUUUCUUUUCUGCGUAAUAAUCACAGGUAUACAAGUAUGGCGUCUCUACCCCUCCACGGUGCUACCGGUAAUAAACCUCUCGGAAUUCAGGCACACUCCAUGAUUCACAAGCCUUAUCAUAUUUCUUCUAAUUAUGGGUUUGGAAACAGCCGUGUACAUCAUGGUUGGUCGAGACCCGUAAUUGAUCAAAAACCCAGAUUUGGGAAGCUAGCUGAAAUGGCUAAUUUUCGCAGAACAAUAACAUUAGGCUUGUCAUCACGAGGUGGUAUAGGUAGGUUUGAAACGGUAAAGACGAUGGUGGGGUCUGCAGUCACUGAAGAAAUCACAGGGUAUUUGGCAAGUGGAACUCUACUGAGCACUGAUCAAGAAGAAACGAAGCAACUUGAUUUAUCCCUUAAGCUCUAAGAAGGGAUAUUAUUUGUGUAGGAUAUUCAGUAAGUACUAGGGCCAAGCAUCUUGAAAAAUGAAAACCUUUCUUCCCCCAUCGGUCUGGAAAAUAAUAAUGCAAAUUUGUUUAUGGAGGAUCAAACUUCCUUAUCUGUGAGUAGCAAUGAGAUAUGAUAUUUUAAAGAUUGUGGAGUCUUUUCUUUCUGAGACUUUGAUCUGUUUACAUCUUGUGCUGAUUUGGGAGGGGGUUUGCGGUUCUUAUGGCUCUUGUCAGUCUCGAAACUGGCCUAGAAUAUGUAAUAGUUUGUUCCCAUAGCAUUGCACGUUCAGGAAUUCUUGAACUUCUUUUUUUUU